AUGGAGAAAGUUUUCUUUGUAUUCGUAGUAGUAGUUGCGGCGGCGGCGGCGCACCGCCACCACCCCAAGUUCCCCAAGUCCUCGGAGGAAGUUGACGCCGCGCUGUACAAGAAAGUGGCGUGUACAAGUGAAAAUGACCUGUUGAGGAAUGAGAUUAUUGAGAAGUCAAAAUGCGGACAACCUAAGGAGGUCUUCGUCCAUAUACACCCGAGGGCCACCCAUGAACAGGUGAGCCCGGGCGCGAUUUGGGUGAAGAGGUGCGUCGGGCUCUGCGACUACGAGGCGUCCGGUUCGAAAUGUGUCGCCACCAAGACGAGGAUACAGCACGUACCGGUGAGGAUAUACAAUGUGAAGACUAACAAAGAGACCUGCUCCACUUACCCGGUGGAGGUCCACGAGAGCUGCGGCUGCUGCGCGCUGUCUCCCGAGGAGUGCGCGCCGCCGCGGGUGUACAAUCCCCGUAAGUGCACCUGCCAAUGUCCCGACUUGGAGGCGAAGAGGAGUUGCCACAGGAAGCGGAACCAGAAUAUGAGGUGGAAUCGAUAUAAGUGCAUUUGUGAGGAGAAGAGAAAGACAUCCAGAAGAGCUUUCCCUCCGGGACUC